CUUUCGUAUCCACGCCCCUUCUUUAACCCGCUUUUGAGUAAUUGAUAUCACUUCGCAAGAGAGUAACUUGGAAACUAUCAACAAGUGGGUCUCGAACUUAAUCGAAUUUAUAGUAAGAGACAGAGAAUGGCCACCAAAACACCACCGGAUAUUAGCUAGGAUUAUCUUAAUAUAGUGUCACUAUGUUGGAGUUCUUUGAUAAAAUAUUUAGUGUGUAUUUGAAGUGUGAAAUGGAUGAGGGAGAAGCAGACAGAAGUUUUGCACACUUUUAUAAACUAGUUGUGGUAGUUGAGUAGGUGUUCACACACUUAAUUUAUAACAGAACAUAUAUUUUUGAGGUGAGAGGGUCCAGGAAAUGCAAUCUAGAGAGUGGAAGUAAAGGGAGUGUGAAACACCAGGAGGCUUUAAGUCAGAUAUUGAAAUCAGAUAUCAGUGAUUGAAAAGAAGUUGAAAAAGCAGGAAUGGAGUGUGGUGAAUCUUUUCUGGGUGGAACAGGAGAGCUGGAACUGGACCCAAACAUUGUAAGCGAGGAGGCAGGAAAACUGUAUACAGAACUCCAGUCAGUGGUAGACACUCAUGGGUCAGAUGUGGUUGAGUCGCUGCUCCCCAUCCUGGUGUGGGUUCUGGAAGGGCUGGCCAGCUGUCGGUCCCAACUGAGGGAGAAGGAGACAGCAGUGGAGAAAGAAAAGGAGGAGAGGACAGAGCUGUUGGAGAGGUAUGAGAGGGAGCGUACUCUGAGGAGAGAGAGUCAGGAGCGCUAUCUGGAGUUAGAGGACCAGUUUGAGCAGGAGAGGAGGAUGAUGCGUGCAAGAGAGAAAGAGAAGGAGAAGAGAGAGAGAGAUCUGGAGAAGAAAGCCAGAGAGCAAGCUGACCAAUUAGGGGCUUUAGAGGAGCAUAGAGCAAGCUUGGCCAGAGAAUUUAACACACUGAAACAUGCACAUAAUAAGCUAGCGCUGAAUUACCGGGAUAUGCUGGAAAAAAAGAAGGAGCUAGAGAAGGAAGGCUUCCCUCUAAGGAGUCGCAAUCUCUCUAAAUGCACAGAGGCUGCAUCUAUUCAGGGGCAAUUAGACAAUGCAGUCUCCCAACAGCAUGAGCCAGCACCUGAUGUCACCCCUGACCCUGCUCAAUCAGACUUAACAGCUACUAAUUGCAGUGAAGUGAUCAAACCGGAACCUCCCAGUGAUCUGUCAUUUAUCAAUACUCUCAUGAGCUCUACCCCUGAGUUGGCCCACUUUCAAUGCCUUGUUGAAGCAAGCACCCCUGUUCGAACAGAUGGCAGAGAACUGAACUGCAGUCAUGAGGAGAUGAGACAGACCCAGGUGAAAGAGGGAAGUAAGGAGGAAGAGAAUAAAAAACCUGAGGAAAAAGAGAGGGAGGAGGAGGAAGAGGAAGAAAGUAAUAACCGUUUGGAGUGGGAGAUGAGAAACACAGAUUCUGUGUUCUCUGAGCUUUCAGAAUUAAGCCAGGAAUACAUAGAGAGUGUGGACCAAGGAGUCUGCGUAAGAGGCAGCACAGACCAGUUUGAGGAGAUUCUUUCACAGAAUGAGGAACUGAAACACACCCAUGAGUUGGUGGAUGCUGCUCGUAAAGCUCUUAUUUGGCGUGUAGAGGAACUGACUAAUGAAAGGUCUGCUCUGAACCUGGAGCUCACUUCCUGUCGAGAAACCAUCAUUCGCCUGGAGGCCAAAUCUAAGGAGAUGGAAGAGGAUACCAAACGGCUGCAUGAAGAGCUGCAGUUAGCUCAGGCCGAGGACCCUGAUGUAAGCGCUUCUCUGCCUACCUCAUGCCGGCGCUUCUCCCGUUCAGAGAUGGCGCGGGUGGUCAUGGAGAAGAACCAGUAUAAAGAGCGGCUGAUUGAACUACAGGAAACUGUGCGCCGCUGUCAGACUCUUCGAGUCACUAAUGAUGAAAGCAUCCCAGGCAACAGAAAAAGUGUAUGGAAGAGGUUUAACCGCUUUCUUGGUUUGAGUAAGUACCAGCUGGCCCCAGGUGCAACUCUGGAUCUUACUCUGCCAUCGGUGCAGCCUUCCCACUCACAAAUGGGAUCUCCACAUCACCUCUCUGUCGACCAAUCACAGACAAAGGAUUCCCCAUCUCCCAGGCUAAGGAAGAGGGAGCUGUACAGGGAGAUCCGCUCUCAUGUAUGGGGAGCUCUGGGAAAGCGGCAGGUGCAUGGCUGGAGCAUGCCCCUUUCACACACAAACCUGCAGAACAAUGACCCACCUCAGGAGCCUAAAAACGUGCCUGUCCUCACACAGUUGAGACUGCUUGACCAAAGAGAUGCUUCUGCUAAGCUGACAUGUGCUGUAGCAGUUCCCCCGAAGGUGUCUGGAGAGCAGAGUUGUUCAGUCUGGGCCAUCAGUCGACCUGCCUCCAGUAGUGAUGUCACAGUGAUUGACCCGGCGCGAUCCAAUACCAUCCUGGAUCAGUUCAGCCUCCCACCCACCUGUCCAGCUCUGUGCAUUUGUGCUGUGCCUCCCACUGAUGCAACUUCUGGGACUGUGUGGAUUGGAACAGAGGAUGGGGGAGUGUUUGUUCAUUCAGCCUCAGCCUCUAGGCGGUGUUGCUUGCAGUCUGUCAGCCUCCAUGAAGGGGUGCAUUCUCUCACGUUCUCACCUGGUCAAGUGAUAGCUGGAUUAAGCAAUGGGACCCUUGCAUUUUUCAAGCACAAUUCAGGUGGAUGGGAUCUUCAGUCACAUGAAGUCUUUUCAUUGGGCACAUCCCCUUUGCAGCCCAUUCGCUGUUGCUUGGUGAAGAAAGACCGUCUCUGGGUGGCAUAUUGGAACAAAGUUUACAUGAUUGAUGUCAAGGAUUGGAAAGUAGAGAAAUCAUUCACAGUGUCACUUCGAAGUGAACAGCAGGUGCGCUUCCUCUGUGCAGCAGGAAGUGGAGUUUGGGCUUCCUGUCGUCUAGAUCCUAGCCUUAGGCUUUUUGAUUGGACAACUGGACGGCCACUACAGGAGGUUGAUGUGUCUUCCAUGAUUACUAAAACUUUAGGCCCUGCUUUCCUGUCCCUUUCUCCUCUUCAGAUCUCUGCCAUGUGUGUAGCGAGUGGGCGGCUGUGGGUGGGCACAGGAAGUGGUGCCAUUUUCUCUGUCCCACUGUCACUCAGUUCAGAGUCGUCUAUUCCAUACUGCUCUCUAGGUUCAGCUCAGCUGUGUUUCCAUGGCCACCGACAAGCAGUUAAAUUUAUCAUCUCUGCUCCAGACUGUCGUAGUUCCUCUCCUACUGCAGAUGACUCUGUUCCUGCCUUUCAUCUCAUUCUCAGUGGUGGAGAGGGUUACAUUAAUUUCCGCAUAGGAGAUGAUGCCAGUGAUGGAGCUAGUGAGGCUGCCCCACAGAGAUCAGAACGCAGUCACAUGUUCAUCUGGCAGAGUCCAACUUCAUCAGUUCCUAGCCUCUCGCUUUGAAUAUGGUGUCAUUCACAGCUUUUACUAUCCAACCAAACUCGUUUUAUCUGUCCUGUCUGGACACCUGCCUUUUUCUGCACCAAGAUAUGGCACCUUCUCUAAAAAAUACCUUUAACUAAGGAAGGGUUCUUUAAAAAAAAAAAAAAUCAAAUGUGAGUGACUAAUACAUUUGUAUUACCUAUUGCCUAGAGGCUAUCUGUGUGUGUGUGUGUUUCGGAGUGCUGCGUGUACUUACAGGUUGAUCAAUGCAUGUCAACAUUUUGUGUUUUAUUGUGUGCUGAUGAAAGUUGCAGUGUAGUUUUGUUUAUUUUCUGUGUUUUGCUGAGCCUCACUGGUGGAAAAUCCUCUGCGAUUUAAGUCAUCCUGUUUUACGCCUUCCAAAUUUCUGUCUGCAUUUAUUUGUUUGUUUCUGUGCUGAUGUUUUUGGGGGUUUUUUUCCCCUUUAAAUUCUGAUUUCCACCAGACUAAAUGAUUGAGAGCUAUAUUUAUUGACACCAUUAUCAUGGCGUCUUUUUAGAUUUGUACUUUUGUUCUUAGAUGUACUUCUCUUGAAAGGUAAGAUUGCAUACAUGUUGUGUUGCCUUUUAAAAUGGGACUUUUUUUAACAAAUUCAGGGUGGAUUUAUUUCAAGUUGAUAAUGCAAGUAAAUAUUAACAUGGAGAAUGUAGAGAUGUUGAUAGUUGCUCUCCACAGUGAAGCUGCUAAUGUUAGCUCAGCACAGCUAUGCAAAAACUAUGCAAAUGAAAAUGAGUUCAGUUUGGUUAACCUGCAUUGCCAGCUAGGUUUAACAUACAAACAGUUUCAUGUUGAUACACUAAAUUUAGUAAUGUCUAAUAUGAGAUUAUCUGAUCUAUUUUUGAUUUUGACUGUAGAGGAGUGAUCUAAAGUGAUCCAAGUGAUGUCCUCUAUGGUUUCAUGUCUAAUUUACUGUGUAUUUUUGUUAUUUGACUUUAAUUUUGCAGUAUUUGAAUAAGUGAAAGUGUAUAAAUGACUGCAGUAAGUGUUGGUUUUGGUUGUUUUCUAUAGGCUAAUCUCAUAUGUUAAUUAUUCAGUACUCAAAAUGUUAUGGAAAUGGCCUUGUAAAGACACAACUUUGAACUGUAUUAUGAAAGAAAAGUUCAAAAUUACUUUUGUAAGUACAAUAUUUUUUAUUAAAAAUAUGAAAUGUUCCAAUUAAAAUGACAAUAAAACCUCAAAAUGA